CGCCUCAGUCAGGGAGUUCUUUAAAGAUGGCCGGAGCGGCGGCGGCCGCCGCCACCCCCGUGUACUGCGUGUGUCGGGAGCCCUACGACGUGAGUCGCUUCAUGAUCGAGUGCGACAUCUGCAAGGACUGGUUCCACGGCAGCUGUGUUGGGGUAGAGGAGCAUCAUGCUGUUGACAUUGAUCUGUACCAUUGUCCCAACUGCGCAGUUCUUCAUGGACCUUCUCUGAUGAAAAAGAGAAGGAACUGGCACAGACAUGACUACACUGAGUUGGAUGAUGGCUCCAAACCGGUGCAGGCUGGAACACGGACCUUUGUUAAACAGCUGCGGGCUCGCUCUUUCCCAAGUGCUGAUGAAGUCAUUUUGAAAAUGCAUGGAAGCCAACUGACACAAAGAUACUUGGAGAAACAUGGGUUUGAUGUACCUAUUAUGGUUCCUAAAUUAGAUGGCCUGGGGCUCAGACUUCCUCCACCAACUUUCUCUGUUUUAGAUGUGGAACGCUAUGUAGGUGGUGACAAAGUGAUAGAUGUAAUAGAUGUAGCAAGACAAGCAGACAGUAAAAUGAAGCUCCAUAAUUAUAUUAAAUAUUUCACAAAUCCUGACCGACCAAAAGUGUUGAACGUGAUCAGCCUGGAAUUCUCGGACACGAAGAUGUCUGAGUUAGUGGAAGUACCAGAUAUUGCCAGAAAGCUUUCAUGGGUGGAAAAUUAUUGGCCAGAUGAUUCUGUCUUCCCUAAGCCUUUUGUUCAGAAGUAUUGCUUGAUGGGUGUCCAGGACAGCUAUACUGAUUUUCAUAUCGAUUUUGGAGGAACUUCAGUUUGGUACCACGUUCUCUGGGGUGAAAAAAUAUUCUAUCUGAUCAAGCCCACUGAUGAAAAUUUGGCUCUGUAUGAGUCCUGGAGCUCAUCUGUCACCCAAAGUGAAGUAUAUUUUGGAGACAAAGUUGACAAAUGUUACAAAUGUGUUGUAAAGCAAGGACACACUUUAUUUGUUCCAACAGGCUGGAUUCACGCUGUGCUCACAUCUCAGGAUUGUAUGGCUUUUGGAGGAAACUUUUUACACAACCUCAAUAUUGGCAUGCAGCUCAGGUGUUACGAAAUGGAGAAGAGGCUAAAAACCCCAGAUCUUUUCAAAUUUCCUUUCUUUGAAGCCAUCUGUUGGUUUGUGGCCAAAAACUUACUGGAAACAUUAAAAGAACUGAGAGAAGAUGGUUUUCAGCCUCCAAGCUAUUUAGUGCAAGGAGUGAAAGCUUUACUUACUGCUUUAAAACUAUGGAUGAAAAAAGAGCUUGUAACAGAACAUGCCUUUGAAAUUCCAGACAACAUUAGGCCUGGACAUCUCAUAAAAGAGCUCUCAAAAGUGAUUCGUUCCGUAGAGGAGGAAAACAACAAACCAGUGAAAACUCAGGGAAUUCUUGGUGUGUGUUCAGCUUCACGGUCUUCACAUGAAACAGCUUCUCCUCACCACUCGAGACGAAGGGUGAGGAAACUGCGAGACCAUGCUACCAAAACUCCUUCUAAUCUGGAUAUCUUAGAACUCCACACAAGAGAGGUACUGAAAAGGCUGGAGAUGUCACCGUGGGAGGAGGACAUAGCAAGCUCAAAACUGAAUGGGAGAUUUAACAAGCCCUUUCAACCGUCUUCUACAGUACCUGACUGGCGAACAAAGGACAAUGAUCUUCGCCUUGUGCUGUCAAAUGGAAGAAUCAUUAGAGAUGAAAGACGUCCGUUUACAGAUCGCAGUCUUUACACGGCAGAUAGUGAAGACGAAGACGACAGGACAAGGUCGAAAAAGGUGACUGUUAAGAGACAAGAUCAGACCUCAGGAUUUGAAGGAGAAGGGAAUGCAGAUGCCCAAAAACCACUGAACAUGUUCUUUGAAAGCGUGAAAUCAGAACUCAGGAAAGGAUCCUCAGUGUACUCUGAUAUUUCUGAUUCAGAAGAAUCUGAGCCUGAUUGCACUACACAGCAGAAGGAUUCCUCCACAGAGGAGUCGGAAAGCUCAGGUGAUGAAGAGAAACAGGAAGUAACAUCAAAUUUCAAGGAGGAAUCUAAGGUCAUGAGAGACCUUUGUCAAACUACCCAGAAGCCAUCCAGAAAUGAAACUCCCAGUAAAAAGGAAUGUCCUACCUCGACAAGUACAGAAGAAGAAGCUAUUCAGGGCAUGCUUUCUAUGGCAGGAUUGCACUAUACCACAUGUUUACCAGAUCAUACUCAAAGCACAGACUGCACAGAUAAAAGAACCUCUCUUCAGGAACAAAGAAGCUAUCCUAGAAGUAGGCAUAAAGACAGACAGCCUUCUCAGAGCCACAAAACAAUAGAAUGUGGUAGGUCUGUGAAGGAAGAGGAAAGACACUUGGGGGCUUCAGCGUGGACUAGACACCUAAAUGAAGCUUCAAGAAUUACCCCUCAGGAUACGAAUAAAACACAAAAAUAUAUCAAGAAAGAGGGUGCAUCAGAGGCUAAUCAUAAGGUUCAGGAAAACAGGAGUAUAGUCCACAGCAGUGGCUUGAGUUUUCAGCAUGGCAAGUGUAUGCGAGACUCCAGCCUAAUUCAAGGAGAAUGCCGGCUGAGCGAUGGCAGCCUCAGCCCUGACAGGCCGUAUGGUGAAACAUCUUUGUCUGUUCCACUUCAUCCAACGAAGAGGCCAGCAUCAAAUCCACCCCCUAUCAGCAACCAGGCGACAAAAGGCAAACGUCCAAAGAAAGGAAUGGCAACCGCUAAACAGCGCCUUGGGAAGAUCUUGAAGCUGAACCGCAAUGGCCACGCACGCUUCUUUGUUUAAUGUAGCUGCUACUUCUACUACUGCUGUCUUUCCUAUACAGACCAGUAUUGAGGUCGACAGAGCCUGGAGCUGCUGUUUUUCCUCUGCUUGAAGCAGACUUGCAUGUACCAUAUAAAACACUGCCUGAUGAACAAAAACAACAACAAAAAAAAACCAAUCCACAACCCAAUGCUGCAUUUUCACUGUGCCACACCUGCUCAGCAAUAACCAUUUGGGAAUGGGGAAAUCUUCGGAGAGACACGGACUGUGAGAAUUAGUCUCUCAUUCAGGGCUUGAAUAUCAUUUGUUGCUGGUAGUUUCUGACCUAAUCCAUGAGGGGAAGAUGAUGAAGGUGGUUUAUCAAUAAUUUAUUUCUGAUAGAUUGUGACGACUUUAAAAUUCAUUUUAAAAGCUAUUUAUUUGGAAGACUUUUUUUUUUUUUUUUGGUGGGAGUUAUUAAUUUAGAUUUAAGAAUGUGAAAGCUUUUAAUUGUAUUGAUUAUGUAUGUUUGGUGCAGUGGAGAGCCACAUUAAUGGUAAUUAUUCUGGACUCUUAAAUUUGUUAUUCAGGUUAUAGUCUUAAGUAGGAAUGAGAUGCAUUAUUAAUUAUUUUUAAAUUAAGGCUUAUGGAAUCUUAUUUUUUUUUCUGCUCUUGAUAAGCUAUUGUCUGGGCUUCUGUUGACUUGCAAGGUGCAUAUUUUCUGCCAGCUUGAUUAUUUUUUGAUCUCUCUUUUUUUAUACAGAUUUAUUUAUUUGAUGGAGUAGAAUAGACUCUCUAAGACACAAGAUUCUUCUUAUGUCAGUCCAGUAGCUAACUUGUUUUAAGCUGCACCCCUUUCCUCCAAGUCAGAGUGCAUCUUUUUCCUCCUGAUGUAUUGUUUGGAUCUGUCUGUGAUGAUUUUCUUCUGCAAAAGCUCCCUGAAAGUUUUGUUUGCAUAGGUGAUUUAGAAUCUGGUACAAGGGAGGAAAACAUCAUGUAUCUUCUUGGAGGAAGUGGGAGCUCAGUUAAGAUACAUGUUUCUUCACAGUUACUCAGAAAUAACUCAUAAGACACAUUGCAGUCUUAAGACUGGACGUAGUGCUUAAUGUAGCAUGAAAGAAGCAUUAACUAUUGUCUUUUAAGCAGCUUAGUGAAGAAUCAGGAAGGUAGAAGAAUCUGUGUUACCUUUAAAGCUGGACAACCAAUUGGAAGUCUUAACUGGUGCACGUACAUGGGUUAAGUAGCUUACUGGUAUCAGAACAGCCAUUUCUGUCAGGCUACAUACAGAGCUGAUGGUAAAUGCUGAUUCUGAAUUACUGUAAAUAAUUUUGAUUUAGAAUUUGUAUUUUUUCUGUAAUAUAAAAUUAAAUAUUUAACUUUCGGGGUAUUGGGAUGAAGGCUUAAAGGGGAAUACUUGAUUCUGGAAAAAGGGCAUUUUGCAGGGUCCAGCCAAAUGUUAGUGACAACAGUAUUGUGGAUUUUUCUGUUUUAUUUUGUUUGUGUGUUUUUGAGUGAUUUCUAAGCGUAAAAUACUCAAGCAUAGCUAUCCAAUUUGUUGAUGUAACUUUCCAUAACCAGUUUUUCCUUCCUCCAUAUUCUAUACUGAAAUAGUUUUUCUUAUAUUGUAAUUUAAAAGCAGGCUGACUUGGACUUUUCAGAGUAUUUGUGCAGGGUUAUUUUUCCUCUAGACUAGAUAAUUAGUAUCUUUGCAAAGUUAUGGAAAUGGUUCUGAUGUCAGGUGUUUUUGAUUGGUGCAGGGUCAAAGCUAUUCAGCACUAUGUUCUCCUGUUUCUGACUUGAGAAACAUCAAAACAUAAUGCAAUUACAAAUAAAUCAGGUAGCUUUCAUGGCCUGACUUCCUUGAAAAUUUGAAAGUGACAACUUAAGCGUGUUUUGCAGCCCUGCUUUUACAUUGUAUUGAUUUGACUUUGGAGCUGUGUGUGUAUACAUGUGUGAGUGUGUGUAUGAAUGAAUUUUUCAAAAGCUUUUUUUGUUUGUUUGUUUGCUACUUACAGUUCCACUAAAAAUAGGUCUCUCUCUCACACCCACCUCCAGAAAGAGAAAACCACUGGCUGCAUUCAGGCUGUCCCAGGUUUUUUGUUUGUUUGUUUGUUUAAAUAAAUAAUUAUUUUUUUAUUUAAUGCAAGCUAUCAACCUUGUUUAGUAAACUGUAGGGAAUGGAGGUAACAGAAGAUUGCUAAAAAAGCAGAAGCUAUGCCAAGAGGUACUCUACGGUGCUGAAAGUGACAAUAAUUACUUGCUGUUCUCAGGUGCUAUGUUUUCCAGAUUGAAAUAGUCAAAAGAGAGUAUUUUAACUAUCCUCUAAUAUGUUCUUACCAAAGUAGUAAGUGAAAGAAAUAAAAAUAUGUUGUCAAUAUUAGUUAAAAUUGUAUACCCAUGUAAGUAUUCCUUGUGCUUGAGCAAAUGGAUUAAUGGCUGCCAAGCUUUGAAAUCUGUUUUAACUUUAGUGUAUUGAACCAUACUGCUUCCUUCUAGCUAGCUGUAUAGUUUUUAAGAAUAGAAAAUUCCAGUUUAGGGCAGCAAGCAGAUUCAGAACAGAAAGAAGAAUGAGCCAUCUCUCCAUGAAAGCAGAUUUCUGAGAGCACUAAUUGGAAAUACAAGUGUGCCAGAAUAGAAUCUGGAGUAAGGAAUUUUGAAAUAUGGAAUACACAUUCUUGUAUACGUGACUGGUUUAUACAGAGUCUGUUUUCUGACCGCCCACAUUAUUUAUCUUGCAUCCUACUAUUAGAACACAGAUAUGGCUGGACCCAUAUAUAUUAUUUCUUCUUCUUUUUGUUCUUUCUUUAUUCUACUUUCUACCUUUUUCUUUUCUUCCCAAAGUGGCUCUUCGCUGUUGUUGCUGUUGUGAGUUGAUGUAAUAGUCUCUUCACAGGCUGUCAACAGGCAGAGGUUCAUUCCCAUUUUCUUCAGAUAUCCGUGCUUCCAGCAGAAAUUAACUCUGAUAUUCCACCUCAGAAGAAGUAUUUUAAAAUUAAUUGCCACGAUGAGCCAUGUUUAAAACAAAACAAAAUCUCCUGGUAGCUUAUGAAGAGGAUGUGGUGACCUCACUUGUUUUGUGUAUGUGUUUGUAGGGAUAUUUUUGUGGUGUUGUAGGUGAAAACACUACUGCACCAAUCUUUUCAUAGAUGGACUGAACUUUGUGUUGUAGUAGCGGAGAGAAAAAGCCCUGUUGUUUGUUUGUUUUUUUUCCUUGCUAUCUCACUCGAGAUGGAGAAGAUAUGGGGAGUGGGUAGCACUGACUGAACCAUUCAGAGAAUUAAGCCUGGCGUGAUAACUUGUUCUGAAGGAGAACCUUAUUUAAAAGUGAAAAAAGGAUUUGGAUUUGACAUAAAACUUAAUUUUCUUUUUAUAGGCAGACAGAACAAUAGGAAAAGAAAUAUUGCAGGGGUUUUCCCAUUCUCUCAAGUUCUCACGUUCCUACAACUAGGAGAAAACAAAACCACAAAAAGAAAACCAAAACCAAAACAUGAAAAUGGAAAGACCACCCAGAAACUGUUAUCAAUGACCCUUCCAGCAACUUUCCCUUUUCUCCUCCUGCUAGACGUGUUAAUAAACCCUGGCUACAAGGUAGCCUUUAAUGACCUCUGAGGUAGAUUACCUAUGCAACCUAUAAUGCUCUUCAUGAAUCCAUUCUUAAAUACAAUUUUGAAAGGGUUAGAUGUUGAGAGUUAAUACUGUUGCUUUCUGAUCACGUGGGGGAUUUUGAGGGGGCUGGGUAUUAUUAUUCGGUAGUUGAAGUGCUUGUGUUACCUUUAGUGGUGAUGUAAGAGUACAGAGUCGUCAUGGCCGUUUAGAAGCUUCAGCUUUACCUGGGCUUUACUAUAUGCCAUAAGCUACCUUCAUGCUCAAAGCCAUAAAGUUGAAAGUGUUGAAAAUUUUGCAGGGCUUCAAAGUCGCAGCUGGCACAAAUCUUGCUGAUUGCUUUCUGGCAGCUGUGGAGACUAAGCAGAGCUGAAGCUGGAAUGCCCUAGUACUACAACCCUACAACUGCUGCCCUAUUUGGGCUUCACAUGCCCAGUUCUCCUUCCACACCCCCUCACAACCCCCAAAUCUAGCAUCUUUUCAGAAUUUCAUUCUCGUAAUACUUCCAGACCAUUAAAAGCUGUUCGUACCUAUGGGAUUGAGUGAGCCCAGAGCUACUCUGUUUCACAGAUGAAAUAUAAAUGGAACCCAGGGCCUUACUAUUUGUGAUUAAAUGAAAAUAAAAGCUGCAACAUCCAUGUUUCCAAAAAACAACCCCAAACAAAAACCACCCUAGUAACACUCUGUGGGAGCACGAGAGUGAUGAAUCACGCAGCGGAUGGGAAAUACAAGUAGCACUGAUAAGGAAAUGCACCUUCCUCGUAGGAUGCAUUUCCCUUUGGAUAAAAGACUUUUUGUACUUUUAAUAUAAACUAAGCCAUAUGCGUUUCAUGCUGUGGGAAGGGAAUGAAAGGGAUCACUUUAAGAGAUUAUAUUGAUAUGUAUCGUCACUUCUGCUGGGAAAUGUCUAUUGCUGCCAAUGCUUUGGUGAAUCUUUUUUUAAAAAACAUGAAAUUUGAGGGGAAAAAAAGGGGGGGAGGGGAGCGAGGGGGCUAGUUCUUGGCUAUAUUUACUAGUUUUGUAGUAAUGUUUUGCUGGCCCGUUUGUCUCUUCCUCUCCUUUUUGUACUCUGAUAGUCUAAUUUCUGUCUUUCCUUCUGCUGUCUCUGAAAAUAUUAGCUUGUCUGCUCAGUAGGGGUCGGUGUAUGUGUGUCUUCCUUUUUACACAAACGCACUACUGUGUUAAGUAUUUGGCUGGGAAAGGGUGAUGCUGCAGCUUUAAGAGCAUUUUUUCAAUUCAUAACAGUAUUUCCCAUCCUCUUUUGCCUGCAGGCAGGGAAAGUGUAUGUACAGUAUUUAUUUUGUUUCGAUUUUGCGUUAAAUUUGUAAGUUUCUAUGAGUAGUUCACAUUGAUUCUUCUAGGGGAGGAUAAGUGGCUUUGUUUAAAUUUGUAUUUGAUAUUCAUAGUUUCCACUUUCUGUACUUUAAAAUACUGAAAUUAAAAACUUGUAUUGCUUAUGUUUUGAUUUUAGCACUCUAAAGCGUUUAAUUUCUUCAGACUUCUGCUCAUUUGCUUCAGUGUAAAUACAGAAAACAAAACAGAAAAUGCUUUUCUAGGUCCAGUCUCUGUGCCCUUUACUCAUUGCAUUUCUAAGGGGAUGUUUUCUGCAGAAAUUUGAGGUGGAAUAUCCUCAUGCUGUUCUCUUAUUUUCAAAGUGCAAAUCUCAUUUCAAUCAAAGUGUGUUAAAUGGCAACCAAA